AAACUAAUUUAUAAAACUGGGACAACAAUUUCCCUGUCUGGAAGGGAAAUUUGUUGGCAUUACCGCAUGCUAGACAGCACCACUAAUCGGGGGGAGCAAUGUUGGCUGUCAGUCUGUGGAGAACCGGAACACGAUCAUCAUCAAAGUGUGGUAAGAAGGUCACAAAUACCAACAUGCCGCCAAUAAAACAGCCUCCGACUAUGAGGCAAAAGCUGAUAAAAGAAAUUAGCGACCUGCUGAAAGAAAGAAGUAAGACACGCAUCGAGAAACUGUAUAAAGCAGCAAUAACUGGACUUGAGGAUUAUCUUGAAGAGAUUUAUAACAUGCAGCGCGAAUCCGAAAUGUAUUCUGAACUCUUAACAUCCCUGCCGGUACAAAUUUUCAGAGACAUCAGUUGUGAAGUUUUCAGGAAGGUUAUCGAUACUAUCUCCAAAUGUGACGACAACUUUAGGGAAAGUGGUUGUUCAACUUAUGACAAACAGUAUGAAACUGUGUGUAGAGACAUGGUUAGGUCUGUUUUGUGCCCUUCCAUUAGACACUAUUUUACGCCAUGUACAUGGUCCAGUAUUCCACAGAGGCUUGUGAUCGAAAAUUUUGAUUACCUCCUUAAUUUAACUGUUCUGGUUUUCAAUAUGAAAAGCAAUAUUGAUAACUCGGCUAUAUUGGCAAGUAACAUCCAUCAUCUAAAAAAACUGAUGAUAUUUGAAUAUAUUUGUCAUUGCUCCGACCAAGUGGUAAAACAACUGGGAUUGCACUGCCAUAAUCUCUCAAGAAUUAGAAUUGCUUACUCAGAGGGUGUUACUGAUCUUUCUGUACCUUACCUACAGAAACUCACGAAAUUAAGUUACGUAAACAUAAGUGAAACGUCCAUUAGUACUCAAUUAUAUCAGGUGCUGCUCACAGAUUUGUCGGGAAUUAGAAAUAUCGAUGUUGCAGAAAACCACAUACACAUUCUUGAUGAUCUUGUAACAGAAAAUCUCAAGAAAAUAACCCACUAUUCUGGUCUAAUUAAGACUGUAACAAUUCUAACAGAGAAAUGCCCCAAUGUAACAAGUGUAAGACUGAUUAGAGUUAACUUGGACCUGUCAAAUUUGACUGUACUGACUAGACUAGUCAAACUAAAGAUUGAACACAGUGAUUAUGAAAUGUGUAAUCUGCAAGCCGUCUUUAAUGGUGUUGGAUACAGACUAGACAAACUAAUCUUAAUUAAUGUAGAAAAUGUGAAUAUUUGUGACAUUAUAAUGAAGUGUUCUAACGUGAAGAAUCUAAUUACUGAAAGUUGCAUAUACGUGCCGGUACCUGAAAAUAAAGUGUUCCACCCUGCAACACCUCACUUUGGAAGUGUGACAAACUUAAGAAUUUAUCAUAAUCCCUCGGAUGUUACUAUGUACAAUAAACACUUGCGAUAUUAUGCAAAUUUAACAAAUUUUUAUUGCGCAGGGAUAAAAAUCUUGAGUGACGAUAUUUUUAUUGAGGCUGUGCAGUUAGGGGGACUCAGAAACCUGGAAAUCUUACACGUCUCAGAACUAAAUGAUAGACAGCUAACUAGGAGGACUAUUGACAUACUAUUACAUAGUUGUGCAAAUUUGAAAAUACUGGGUUACCUAGAAACUUGGAACGUUAGUGAGGACGACAUUUCCUUUCUUGAAGAUAGAAUAAUAAACGAAAACCUCGAUCUUAAAAUUUUAAUUUGACAUAUGUUUAUUUAUCUUAGUAUGUGUAAUACGAAAGCAUUAACGUUGCUGGAUCUAAUUAAUACAAUGUUAUUACUACAGACAUUUUACAAUAUUUUACAUAAAUAAUACGUUCGUAAUAUUUUCUCUACUGGACAGAUUCUUUAAUUCCUUACUUCUGUCUUGGGAGAAGAUUUUAAUCUUUAUUAGAGCCUAGUUGUAAUUUUCACAACCAGUGUACAAUGUUUGAAACCAUCGACGUUUUAAUGCUAUCCAAAGACAAUGACUGUUAAUGGGGUAAUUAAGAAACAAACGGAAAGUGCCAUAUUAAUUCACAACUAAAACAAUUUAUAAAAUGUUUAAGUAAUUUUGACUAUUUUAAACCGCAUGGGUGUUUUAAAUAAAAAACGCGUGGGUAUGAACCUCUCUUUGCGUGAUACUUUUUAUCUAUUUAUGAGGUCAACAAUCGUCCACAGUUAUAGCAUUAGUUAGUUGUAUAAAGUGAAGCUUUCGAGGCGACUGAAGCUGAUGAAAGGCUCUCGGGUUAUUCACCAUUCAGCCACCUGACGUGGUUUGUAACCCGACAGUCUUUUAUCAACAUUAGUUAGUUAAUUAUAUGUAACAUGAAACUAAGGACUUAGCUAAAUAUAAGUUUUAUAACAAUUAUUGUUAAGAGUAAGAUAACAUCAUAAUUAAAAUAUAGUCUCUAAUAUGAAUCUGUAAGUCAAUAAAUAUAAGUAAGGAAUUAACGUUGUACAGUUCAGCUCUUCUUUAUAAAGCUGCCACUUCAAUAAUAAAGCUCGAACUUCGUGAUCUGCAA